AAACGUGAAAAAUUCACGUCCUGAGAAUUGUGGUCUUUAUUUCUCUCAAAAACUCGAAAUUCCCUUAAUAAAUUUCAGAAUAGAAUGGUUGUAGCGUCUCCAAUGCUUGCUCCACCACAACCAGCAAUCGUUGACUGCCACUUGGAGGCAGUCCAAGCCCAUAAAGAUGGUGGCCUCCUUCUCGUGGCUUCUAAUCUUGUGAGCAGAUAUUGGAGUGGAUCACUCUGGUACUUCAAGGACGCAGAGACGGCUCCAAACUACCAAAGCUUCACGGCAGCUGCCCAGGCCAAGACGGGACUCAAGGAUGCUAAAUGGAUAACUGACAUGACGAUGGCUUCAAUAUCAGAUUCUGGUACCAUCGACGUUUACGAUGUAUCAGCUAGUGAUCAAACGUUCAACCCACUAUGGAGUUCUUGCAGCCAUGAUGACGUCUGUACAUCGCUGGCAGUCAACGCUGACCAAACCUGGCUCAUCUCGGCGAGUUAUGAUGGAUGCAUAAAAGUUUGGGAUAUGGCUGAAAUGUUUGCCAUGUACACAUUCCGAGGUCACAGUGAUGUAGUCAAUUCUCUUUCGUCACAUCCAAGUCAGCCAGAUACUUUUCUCUCCUGUUCAAGGGAUGGAAAUGUUAUACUAUGGGAUACAAGAAAAGCCCUGCCAGCCAAAAGAUUAGGUGCUCUGAAAGAAACUUCUCCAACCUGUCUAUGCUGGCAACCGAAGAAUGAGAAUUGCUUUGCGGUUGGUGGUGCUGAUGGCGAAAUCAAAUAUGUGGACCUACGGGAUGUUGGGAACUGUCUGGGAUCGGCCAAGGCUCAUAAUCGACACAUAACGAGGAUGGAGUUUUCUCCAACAAGUGAAAAUAUGCUUGCAAGUGGAUCUGAAGACUGUAACGUAGUUGUUAUGAAUGUCACACAAGGGUCUCCCAUUUAUAGGCAUAGUCACAAAGAUUUCGUCACCGGGAUAACAUGGUCGCCAGAUGGAUCGAAGUUAUAUUCGUGUGGAUGGGACUCUAGUGUAAAGUGUCACAACAUGGGUACUGGGGAGUGUCUAGAGUGCGGGCAGACGUCUGAAAUGGAAGUGCAAAAUGGUGGCGUAGUUAAUGGAAGUGCGUCUGCAUCUAGUAUGGACUCCGAGAUCAACACUCCAGUCAGUUCUUGAUGCUUGUGAUUCUAAUCUGAUUUCAAUACUGUUAACUGGGUAAAGUUUGCGGCCAUUUAAGUCGAGCGAUUUUCACAAUUCAGAAGGUGAAUGUGAACACUGACCUUCAUUCAUUCAUUCAUUCGACAAUGUCACUGCCACUGCAACCAAGUUGUUUCUGUGAUGUGUUUCGUAGUUCUGGGGUGGCAUGUUGGCCCAUUGCUAGAUGGCUAGUGUGGGGGUUCUCUUCCUUUAAGGGCCACUGCCACUCUGCGUGACUGCUUUCCUCUGCCAAGAAGGCCAUUCUGACCGAGUUUUCUUCAUUUAGAAAGGUUGCCAGCCUAGGCUACAGAGACCAGUCUCCUCCCUUGCUAGACUUUCAACUCGAAUGCAUUUAACCAUUACAUUUCGGGCCACAUGAAGAAUUUAUUUUUUGCCGAAUAAAAAAUGAGCAAUUCGCAAACUUUUGGCUCUUCAAACAUUACCCAGUUUACAAUGCUCUUUUUUGUAACGUUUCCUGAGGCUUCUACAAUGAUAACAAACGCUCUUAGCAGACACCUCUGUCAGCAGGACACUUGCUCUAUCAAGGACACAAAGUGUUGUCAUUUUCAUUCAAAAUGACCCCUGUAGUCAGGACACUGACUGCAAUUGUCAAUCCAAAGCGUGUUCUUAAUGGGGUGGUUUUACUGUAGUUUUAUUUGUGCCUAUUUUAGAAGAGCCAAUUGAAUAUUUCAUUACCAAAUUGAUCCAGUGUUGGCUGAAAAAAUCAUGUAGAAGUAAAAAUAAAAGUUACAAGGGCUACAUUUUAAAAACAGCUGAUGAAGGACAGUACUGAAAAAAACUGCAAAGGAUCAGCCUUUUUCUGUUAAACGCAUUUGCAUUUAUGUUCCUCAAACGUAUUUCUGCUUAAUUCAAAACUUUUGUACUCCUAUCAAGAUGAGUGAUUAAGUUAAAGGUAAGAGGAGUUGACUUUAAUUUAAAAGUGUAAUUGAUCGAUGGACUUUCUCCCUGGACAUGAUCUUAUAUGAGGACAUGUUUUUGUGGCCAGUCUCACAAUGGAUGUGUUCUGUAAUUGGCCAUAAUGUAGCGUUGUGUGCUUAUAUUUUGUCACUGAAUAAAUUUUUUGGUCAAUUUUUUAUA